AUGUCCGAUCCAUCGGCUUCAAACUCAACCUUUGAUCAGGAGGUGUUGAAACUACCUAUUUUCGAAGGGAAAUACUAUAGCAGCUGGAGCAAGACAAUGGAAGAAAAUUUAAGAUCAGAUAAAGUUGGCCUGUGGGAUAUAGUGGAAAAUGGGUAUGAGCGACCCAAAGAUGCCACCGAACUCGCAACUUGGCCUGAUGAUAUGAAAAACAAAUAUCGUGAAACUGAUCAAAAGAGAGAUGCGGAGGCCUUCCGGUUUAUUCAACAAGCAGUUAGCGAGAGAAUCAUGACGGAAGUGUUAACUUCUGAGAAGGCCUGGGAUGCUUUUAAGAAAAUUAGAAUACAAUCUUCCCGUCAGGAUAAAACGGUCGAGCGGUACAUUGAAGAGGUAGUUAGCGAGCCACAGAUGAUGGAAUUAGUGGCAACAUCUCAAGAUGCUUGGGAGAUAUUGAAGACUUUAUACCCAAGCCCCAAAGACUCCGAUGAAGACGAGGUUGACGGGAUUAGAAAGAUGCAAAAAGCGAGCAUCAUUGUAAAGUGCUCUAGAGAACCCAAACCAUUAGAGGAAAAUCAGAUGAUAUCGUCUGGCCGUCCUAAAAACUUUAAGACAACGAGCGAUGGAGAAGGAGAGAUGCAGAUGGAUAUUUAUCAAGAGAGGGAGGAGGAGGUCACCAGGUCGGGUUUGUUUCGAUUUGCUAUGAAAGGUGAUUGGAACAAAGUGAUUGAAAUCUAUACAAGAAAAGCAGCAGCUCACAUUACAAAAAUCACCAGUUCAGGUGACACAGCAUUACACAUUGCAGUUAUUGAUGGCAGAGAAGACACGGUGCAGCAACUGGUAAAUCUAAUGUCCUUGGAAGAAGCCAAAAAGGCUCUACGAGUAAAAAAUGAACGGGGAAAUACACCUCUCCAUCUGGCUGCUAUAGUGGGGAAUGUCAGGAGGUUGUAUUAUUGCAUUGCUCGUAAAGUUUAUCCACGAGUCGAGAAGAAAAGGGAAGUCGAGAACAAUCAAAAUCAAUCAGAAAAGAAGGAAGUCGAUAACGAUCAGAAUCCAUCAGGGAAAAAAGAAGUCGAGAAGGAGAUGAAAAAUUAUUUCCCAGUAGGCGAACGUAACAAUGACAAUGAGACCCCAUUGUUCUUGGCAGCUCUCCUGGGUAAAAAAGAUGCCUUUCUUUUCCUUCACUGUUGUCUUCUAGAUGAUCAAGGCUCUUCGUACUACAGAAGGAAGAACGGUGAUACCGUUCUUCAUGUCGCCAUCUAUGGAGAAUAUUUUGACCUAGCAUUCCAAAUAAUUCAUCUGUAUCCAGAGCUCGUCAACUCUGUAAACGAGGUAGGAUUGUCUCCACUCCAUUGUUUAGCGAGUACAUUUGUUGAGAAACUGGAGGCGGAAAAUCUUGAGAAGUACAAAGACGAAGGAUCAAAUUGUUUCACAGAUCUGCCAUCCCAAGACGGGAAAAAUCAUGGAUAUGAUUAUCCAAAGAACUACGAGACCUGUACAGGAAGAGUGAAGCCACGAGAUCACCGACUGCCAACUACAUGUGCAAAAAAGGAAUCAGCUCCAGGAAACGGAUUGGUUCCUCCAAAUUAUGGUACUGCCUUUGAAUUAUUGAAAUUGGUGUGGAAGACAAUUUUAGUCAUUAUUGGAUCAGGAACAACGGAGGUAAAAAGGAUAAAACUGAAGAAAGAGAAGCACAUAUGGUCUGUUCAGGUCUUGGACCAAAUUCUUUCUAAGGUUUUAUCGUACAAGUACGAGAACAAUGGAAAGACCCCGAGGCGACGUCUGUCCUCGUAUGCGUUCGAUGCAGAAAAUAAUCAGGAAAUCACCAAAGAAAUUCAAGAAGCAACUUCUAAAAUACCAACAAAGGAAAAGAGAGAGACAUCCAUAUUGUUGGCGGCAAAGAAUGGUAUCACUGAAAUUGUGCAGAAAAUCCUAGACCAAUUUCCUGUUGCAAUUCAGGACACGAACUCAGAGAAGAAGAAUGUAGUGCUAUUGGCAGUUGAAAACAGGCAACCACAAGUUUAUGAGCUUUUACUGAACCUAGCGAAGCAAAACAAGACAAAAGAUAGGAUCUUUCGGCAAGUGGAUGACAAGGGAAACAGCGCAAGGCAUCUCGCGGCUGCCACGGUUGGAGAAUAUAAGCCUUGGCGCAUUCCUGGCGCCGCUUUACAAAUGCAGUGGGAAAUCAAAUGGUAUAAGGUAUGUAUGAUGAAGAAGUUGACACACUAA